AUGGAUAUGUGGAGGAGGUGCUUCGUUGAGGAACCGAAGCCCGUUUUGCAGUAUGGGCUAGAGAAACGGGAAUGGCUGGCGAUGGGGAGAGUUGCUGUUCAGGCUCACGUGGGUGGAUGGGAAGCUUCGCUGGGUGGUGUUGAACCACGCGAAGUGUGUAGUUCGGAAUCUUGGUUGGGUGACAUUGAGUUGAUUGGAGUGGUGGCAGGCGGGUCAGGCUCAGGCAUUGAGGGGUGA